AUGGCCGAACAUCUUCUAGAUACUGCCCGUUAUGUGAUGAGGGAGAGUAAGGUAGAGACAUUCGAGGAGUUCAUCAGUAGCGACGCCUUGCUCCGUAAGGUGGGUAGGAAAUUUGAGACUUGGUCUUAUGGAUAUCCAGUCAAGAAGAUGCCUGCUCGCAGCCCACGGGAAAUAAGACAUGCAAUUUUCGUCCGUUCAAGAAACGCCGGGCAGCUCUCUCCUCGUCGCCCCGCUUGCCGUUUCGCUCUUCGCCGAGGAGCUAAAGGUCCCCGGCCGCCACCGUACGUCAUGGACCCAUCCUCAGAGAUCGAGUACGACAUGCCCGGUUUCCUGCGUGUGCACAAGAGCGGCCUCGUCGAGCGGCUGGCCGGCACCAACACCGUGCCGCCCUCCCCCUCCGGGGACCCCACCAACGGCGUCGCUUCCAAGGACGUUCUCCUAGACACCGCCGCCAACAUCUCUGUCCGCCUCUACCUCCCCGCUGCGGCCACGUUGGAGCCCGGCAAGAAGCUUCCCAUGGUCGUUUUCUUCCACGGCGGCGCAUUCUUUACCCACAGCACCGCCUCCCCUAUCUACCACAGGUACGCCGCCGCGGUCCCCGCCAUCGUCGUUUCCGUCGAGUACCGCCUCGCCCCGGAGCACCCUCUCCCAGCGGCGUACGAUGACGCCUUCGCGGCCCUCGAGGCGGUCGUCACCGCAUGCCGCCCGGAUGGCGCCGAGCCCUGGCUCGCCACGCACGGCGACGCCUCCCGCGUCGUUCUUGCCGGCGACAGCGUCGGCGCCAACAUUGCGCAUAAUACGGCGAUAAGGCUGCGGAAGGAACGCAUCGAGGGCUACGGCGACAAGGUCAGUGGCAUCGCGCUCAUGCAUUCCUACUUCUGGGGGACAGAACUGGUUGGCGGCGAGGUUGCCCAGCGCGGCAACAUGGAGCGCACGCUGGAUCUGGCCUCCAGCGGUAGGUUCGGCCCCCGCCACCCGUGCAUCAACCCGGCGGCGUCGCCGGAGGAUUGGAGGCAGAUCGGGUGCGGCCGCGUGCUGGUUACCACCGCAGAACGCUGCUUGUUCGUGGAGAGGUCGCGCGCGUACGCGGAUGGUAUCAAGGCGUGCGGGUGGGACGGCGAGCUCGAGUUCUACGAAGCCAAGGGCGAGGUGCACACCUACUUCUUGUUCAAGCCCGACUGCGAGAAUGCCCUCAAGGAGCUCGCCGUCGUGGCCGAUUUCGUCAGGCGCUCGUGA